AUGUCUUCAUAAUAUCGAAUUCCAUCUAAUGAUUAAUAUAUUCGUGAUUUGGAGAAUCUUUCCUAAAGGUAAUUCAAAUUUAAUAUCUUUAGAGAACGACAUGGUUUAUUCUCAUAGCCUCCUCCUCUUUCAGUUGGAGAUUAAUAUAACGACUCUUUAAAAAGUAUUAAGAAAAUCUUAAGUAGGUAAGGGAAAGUAAAAAGGAGUUCUAAUUAAUGAGAAAAUACAAAAGCAUCAUGAACCUUCUUUAUUUAUGAACCCAGGCUAUAUUUCUAUAGGUGAUCCUUACAAAGAUCCCUUCAAAGCUUAACAAAUCUAUAAUAAAGAAAGAGAACUGGCUAUUUUAAAUCCUCAUCAUUUUAAGCCUACAGAUAAAUCUAAAUCUAUGUACCUUUAUAGGUAUCAUAUAUAUUUAGAAAACACUCAGAAUUCAAACACUUGAAGGAAUAUGACGAUAAAAGAUACAAUAUAAGGAAAGUAUCAGGAGACACAAUUACAUAAACAAAAAAUUUCUAAACAAAUCCAUUAAAAAAAAGCUUAGUAAGGAAGACAAUAAAUAAUUUAUUUGGAAAUUAUGAAUACGUCACAGAUCCAUAUGAUAGAUAAGAAGAAUUUGAUAGAUCAGAAAGGCUUAAAUAUAAAAGCAAAUUUUUACCAGGAGUCAUCAAGUUUGUAUCAACUAGUCAUGGUAAUCGACCUUUUACAUCUGAUGGAGUUUUAUUAGAUGGAGCUGGAUAUGUAUGAUAUUGCUUUAUUUUUACAAGAUUGAAAAAAAAAUUACACGUCCACUUAAUAAUGGAGUACCAUUUAGACCAGCUAAUAAAAAUAAAAAAGGAUUUUAAGGAACCUUUGAAGUCUUUUAAUAUUUUGAAGAAGGAGCACCUGAACCAAAAACAAAAUAAAAUACUUUUACUAAGUUAUUGUAAACUGAAACUUAUGAAAGACCAUGGAGGCCCAAUUCUAAUGGCACUUUUGCUAGACCUUGUCCAAGUGUAUCUGAAAAAUUAAGAAAUAAAAGUGGAGGUACUACAAGAAUUUGA